AGAGCACUCGCAGAAGCCAAAGGUUCCUUCUGCACCACCGGCCCCGUGCUACCCGAUAGCCAAGACCCCUUGUCACUAGAACCCCCAGAACCCCCGCCUUACCCACACCCCAGUCCUUGCCUCCAAGUCCCGCCGGCUGCCCCCCCCCCAACGGAACACGAAAAUCCAGAAGCAGCAGCAGCGCCGCCAGAAAUGGAAAACGAAAGCGGCCUGGGGGGACCGGCGGGACGAACGCGCAGACAUGUCCAACGUGAGACAACCUUGCGGCCCCCUGAUUCCACUGUAGCACUACCCCUUAGAGAAAUAGGACCCCCUGAUGAUACUGGGCUUCCCCGACUCCAGUAUUGGCCUUUUUCUACCAGUGAUUUGUACAAUUGGAAAUCUCAAAAUGCCAGGUUCUCGGAUAAUUCAAAAGAUUUAAUAUCUCUAUUGGACAGUGUUAUGUUUACCCACCAGCCCACUUGGGAUGAUUGUCAGCAGCUCCUCUGGAUUCUGUUUACCACGGAGGAACGGGAAAGAAUACAGGUGGAGGCCAGAAAAUUAGUUCCUGGUGAUGACGGCCAGCCAACCGCGAAUCCUGAUCUUGUUAAGGCCGCCUUCCCCCUGACCAGACCGCGAUGGGACUACAACACGGCAGAAGCUUUACAGAAGGUUCAGGAGGAAGUGUGGCCUAGGCUGCGAGAAUUGUACGAGUCCAGACCCUCACCGGUGCCUCAUCCUUAUCAGCCAGGAGACUGGGUCCUGGUCAAGCGACACCGACAAGAGAACCUAGAGCCACGGUGGAAAGGACCAUUCCAGGUGAUCCUGACCACCCCCACCUCUCUCAAGGUAGAAGGCCUCGUGCCGUGGAUCCACCACUCCCACGUCAAGCUGAUAGACCCGACUGCAGACCUCCUCGGACAGAACUCGGGGGCACCGCAAGACUUAGAAGCGCCAGAGGAUCCAGGCGCCUGGACCAUAGAUCGAUCUAAAGACAACCCCCUAAAACUGGCAUUGCAUCGGCGCCGUAGCCCACUGUAACUAUGUUAAUUCUCUUUAUGACCUUGUACUUACCCUCCUUGCUACCCCUGCUCACUGCAAAUGUUGCUGUGAACCCUUUUGUCUGGCGGUUCUGGCUCUAUGAGAACCAGACCCUUCCGGGAGAAAUUCCCCGGGCAGGAAAACUGCUGGCCAGCGCGGACUGCCCCCCCUCAGGGUGCAAUGCUGCGAUUCAACUGAACUUUACAGGGUUUCAGAUUGCUCAGCCAGCAUUGCCCACCAUAUGUUUUGAGUUUGAUCAGACCCAAUAUAAUUGCCAGAAGUAUUGGAAGUGAAUGAGUGCAGGAUGCCCCUAUAGCUAUUGCAAAACCCACUCAGUCAGGCAAUGGACGGAAGCCGGGUGGAAUUUCUACCAAAGGGCGGGCACCUACACCUGGAUAGUUAAAGACCCUUGGGACUCUCGGUGGACAACCCCCCAACAUGGAGGGGUGUACUAUUCUUCAACCAGUACCUGGCCCAGUAGCCACUUGUAUCUAUGGCGUAGCCUAGUCCAAGUUCAGUCCCUAGUCCAUGGAAACAUCCACCAACAGGAAGAAAAACUGUCACAGGAGCUACGCCCCUUUUCAAGGUUAGCCCUAAUGAGGGAGGGGUUAGCUAUUGCCAAUCUUACAGGCCUAAGUGAUCUGUCCUCUUGCUUUAUGUGUGCAGCCCUAGGGCGACCGCCAUUAACUGCCAUACCACUGUCUGGCCCGCCUAGUAAUCAAACGGUAGGCCCUCAGAACUUAUCACCUGUCUCUAAUGUCCUCUUGUAUCGUAAUCCCAGCCAAGAAACGUUUCCCUGUUGCUAUUCAACUAGCAACUCUAGCCUUUGUAACCACACCGCCAUUUUUCCUAGCGCCCCGCUACAUGCUCCACCUGGCAUAUUCUUCUGGUGCAAUGGUACCCUGUUUAAAAACUUAUCUGUGCAGCCUCAAGAUGGUGGACGGAUAUGUCUCCCCGUCACCCUGGUCCCUAGGCUAACUCUAUUGACCCCUGCCGAAUUCCUCGGCUAGACAGGCACAACCUCCGAAGAAACCCCUAGAUAUGAGCGAGCAGUAUUUCUCCCCCUCGUCGCUGGGAUUUCUCUCACUACAUCCCUCAUAGCAGCCGGGUUGGCAGGAGGGGCUUUAGGCCAUACAGUAGUAGAAAGCAGCAAGCUGUUCCAGCAGUUUUCCGUGGCAAUGGAAGCAUCAGCUGAAUCUCUUGCAUCCCUCCAGAGACAGCUCACUUCUCUAGCUCAGGUAACUCUACAAAAUAGAAGGGCCUUAGACCUACUCACUGCAGAAAAAGGAGGUACGUGCAUGUUCCUUAAAGAGGAAUGUUGUUUUUACAUAAAUGAAUCUGGGCUAGUAGAAAGCCGGGUCCAGCAGCUACACAAACUAAGUCUAGAAAUGAAGAAACAACAGUUUGCCUCAGCCGCCAAUAACUGGUGGAACUCCUCCAUGCUUUCCCUCCUGGCCCCCUUCAUCGGGCCACUCGUAACCCUCCUACUCUUAUUAACCAUAGGGCCUUGUAUUGUUAACAAAAUAUUAACAUUUGUCAGAGAAAGGUUUGACACUACUCAGCUUAUGGUCCUCCGCACUCAGUACCAACCCCUUGACCCCCACGGUACAGAAGAAAUAGAAAUGACCCCUUAGGAAUCCAAGAUUGGACUCCUCAGUUUCCUGUGAGAGGGCGAAAUGUGGGAGGAACAAUACAGUUGGCUCCCGGAACUGAAGCCGGGACAAACCGGUUAGGAAAAUCCCUGCCAGAGGUCAUAAACAUGUCAGAAGAGUAACUGAAAUAGCUCAGAUGGCGGGAGAUGGCGGGAACCAAUCAAGAACAGCCAACUCGCACUGUUCAAAUAUCAACCAAUCCCAAGCUUGCGUCGUUCAAAAAGACCCCUAUGACUCUGUACUUGUUUACUGCUGACUAUAAAAGACAGUUCCUAACCCUCCUCAGGGCUCUCGCUCGACACUCGGUCGGGGGUCCAGGUUCGAACCUGCAAUAAAGAUCCUUGCCGCUUGGCUUUGACUGCAGUCUCUGGUGGACUUCUUUGGGGAAUAA